AUGUUAUAUCCCAACAGCUCCAGCUUCACCCCAACACCAUUCACCCUGAAUGGCAUCCCAGGUCUGGAGGCCCUUCAUGCCUGGCUCUCCCUCCCUUUCUGCUCCAUGUAUGUCAUCGCCAUGGUGGGGAACUGUGGCCUUAUGUACCUCAUCUGUCGUGAGGAAGCACUGCACCAGCCCAUGUACUUCUUUCUGUCCGUGCUGUCUUCCACAGACCUGGUCCUUUGCAGCUGCACGGUGCCUAGAAUGCUCUUUCUCUUCUGGUUCAAUUUAAGGGAGAUCGACUUCAGCACCUGCCUCAUCCAGAUGUUCUUUGUCCACACCUUCACGGUGAUGGAAUCCGAGGUCCUCAUGCUCAUGGCCCUGGAUCGCUAUGUGGCCAUCUGCUACCCUCUGAGAUACUCCACCAUCUUGACCAACCCCGUCAUCGUCAAGGCUGGGCUGGUCACUUUCCUCAGGGGGGCCGUACUGGUCAUUCCCUUCACUUUUCUGACCAAGAGACUCCCCUUCUGCCAGAGCCAUGUCAUUCCCCACACCUACUGUGACCACAUGUCUGUAGCCAAGAUAUCCUGUGGUAACAUCAAAAUCAACACAAUCUAUGGGCUGACGGUUGCCAUUCUAAUCGGGGGAUUUGACAUCUUCUGUAUUUCUGCAUCCUAUACCGCGAUCCUCAGGGCCGUGAUGAGCCUGUCUUCAGCAGAAGCUCAGUACAAAGCAUUUAGCACCUGCACUGCUCACAUCUCUGCCAUCGUCGUCAGCUACGUCCCGGCCUUCUUUACCAUCUUCACCCACCGCUUUGGGGGCCACACCAUUCCCCAUCAUGUACACAUCAUCAUUGCCAAUGUGUACCUGCUGCUGCCCCCCACAGUGAACCCCAUCAUCUACGGGGUGAAGACCAAGCAGAUCCGUGAAGUGGUGGUCAGGCUGUUGGGUGGGAAAAGGGGAUAUUAACCCUUAAGAGACCAGAACUGACCUUGACCCAA